AUGAUAUCAGAAGGUAGUUUCUUGGACCCUCAAAUUGAAGCAACGUUAUAUGGACAAAAGAAGGCCUCUAAUUUAGGUACUUUUCAAACAAAUUCGACUGCGAGCAAGACUUCUUCGUUAAAUCGAGAGUUAUUUGGGUUCAGAAGGAAAGCUAGGCAAUAUUUCGAGACAACGACGCAAAGGUUUCGUGAACAUGGUAACGAUAAGGAGUUGAUGAGAGCAGGGGUCAAUUAUAAACCAAGAUCAGAAGAUGAGGAAAUGGAAGAACUUAAUAAGUCCAAGCUUAUGAUGGAUAUGUUAUUUGAAAAAGCGAAUCAUGGCUCCAAACAGGAUUUUGACAAGCUUGGUGGAACUGGAAAAUAUGGUGUGCACAUAUCAUCGACUCCGAAAAGUGUACCGGAAUUGCUAUGCGAAGCCGUCUACCAAGACGUUCAUGGAGAAAUAUCUUUGGCAAGUCCCGAGUCUGAAUCAAUUGACAUUUCUAAUAGUGCUGGCAGGAGAGUAGUUAUAUUCCAAGAUUUGCUCAAGAACAUUGGCGUUGGGACCUUAUUAGCUCAGGUCAGCGGUGGUCCUUUGGAAAAGGUGCUAUACGCUUAUGACAAUAAGACAGGUUCCCGAGAUGUCGUUUAUGUUGAAUUGCAUUUCUUGUUCCCUGAUGAUGCUGCUCAGUUUAUGAAAUACGCCAGAUUCCACCUAUUCAAAGUGAACGGUGUACAUUUAGUUCCACAUUGGGGUGUAAUAGAUUCUCUAGACUCCUCUGAAAAGAGUCUUUUAGAUAUUCAACAGUAUGUUCAUCCAGAUUUUUGUAAAGAUAUUCAAAACUUUGACUCGACUGGAGCACGUCGCUGCUUAAUUAUGAAGAAAUAUUCAAGGAAACAUAAGUCGAUUUCUACAGAGUUGAAUUCAAAGUCUCACAUUUAUGAUUUGGAUAUCCAACAAAUAAUCGAUGAUUUUAAUCAAUUCGGACAGGUUCUCGAGGUAUCACCGUUGAUUUCUCGGAAAAUAUGUUUGCAGAUCAGUUUCCAUGAUAUCAGAAGUGCAAUAGAGGCAAUGAGGAGUUAUGAGACUUCCAAUUCCUACAUAAAUGGCAAGUAUUUUAAAGACUGGUCCAUCUGGUAUGGUAAAGACAUUGUAGAUAAACCAUGCAUUGAAGUGUAG